AUAAAUACGACUUUCUGCUUCAUAUCAGUCUCUCAGUUUUACGAACUAGUUUCACUAGUCGGUCUUAUAAAAUUAAUCGAGAUUCGAUAUGUCGAAAGCAGGUUAUAAAGUCGCGGACAUAAGUCUUGCAGAAUGGGGACGUAAGUGUCUGGAGAUAGCAGAAAAUGAGAUGCCUGGGUUGAUGUCUAUGAGAAAGAAGUAUGGCAAAAGCAAGCCUCUCCAGGGUGCUAGAAUAGCUGGAUGUCUUCACAUGACUAUCCAGACUGGAGUACUGAUAGAAACACUCACAGCAUUGGGAGCCCAGGUCCAGUGGUCUAGCUGCAAUAUUUUUUCCACACAAGAUCAUGCAGCAGCUGCUAUUGCAGUUACAGGAGUGCCAGUCUAUGCCUGGAAAGGAGAAACAGAUGAAGAGUACAUAUGGUGUAUUGAGCAGACUCUUGUGUUUCCUGAUGGUCAACCUUUAAAUAUGAUUCUUGACGAUGGUGGAGACCUGACUAACCUUGUCCAUGAAAAAUAUCCUCAGUAUUUGGAAGGGAUCAAAGGAAUAUCUGAAGAAACAACUACAGGUGUCCAUAAUUUAUACAAAAUGUUCAGUGCAGGUCUUCUGAAAGUUCCAGCAAUCAAUGUCAAUGAUUCAGUAACAAAGAGCAAGUUUGACAAUCUGUAUGGUUGUAGAGAGUCCCUAGUGGAUGGUAUCAAGCGUGCCACUGAUGUCAUGUUGGCUGGGAAAGUUGCCUGCGUGGCAGGUUAUGGUGAUGUUGGCAAAGGCUGUGCUCAGGCUUUGAGGGCAUUUGGGGCAAGGGUCAUCAUUACAGAAAUUGAUCCAAUCAAUGCUUUGCAAGCUGCUAUGGAAGGCUAUGAGGUGUCCACUAUUGAAGAAAGUGUCAAAGAGGCAAGAAUAUUUGUGACUUGUACAGGGUGUAAAGGCAUCUUGAGACCUGAACAUUUUGAACAAAUGUUGGAAGAUACAAUUAUCUGUAACAUUGGUCACUUUGAUUGUGAGAUUGAUGUUGCCUGGUUGAAUGCACACAAUAUAAAGAAAGAACAAAUCAAACCUCAAGUUGAUCGUUACACUCUUGAAAAUGGUCGUCAUUUGAUUCUGCUAGCAGAGGGACGCCUGGUUAACUUGGGGUGCGCACAUGGUCAUCCAAGUUUUGUCAUGAGCAAUUCUUUCACCAACCAAGUACUUGCCCAGAUUGAACUCUGGACCAAGACAUCAGAAUAUAAACUAGGUGUACAUAUGUUACCCAAAAAGUUGGAUGAAGAAGUGGCAGCUGCUCACUUGGAACAUUUGGGAGUCAAACUGACAACACUUAGUAAAGAUCAAGCUGAUUACAUUGGUGUGCCACAAAAUGGUCCCUACAAGCCUGACUACUACAGAUAUUAAAGUUCUUGUCAUAUUUAUUGUGAAUAUUGGGCUAUCAAUUCCUGCCUGUAAUCUGAUGUAAUUUAAUCAGUUUAUCUUUAUCCUGAUAUUGUUACUUUCAUGUUGUUCUAUGUAUACAAUAAAAACAUUUUUACCAACCAGA